CGGGUUUCCAGACUUUUUGGAAAAUGUCAGAUCAAGGAGAGGAGAUGGAUGAUCAAAGUGGAGUACAAUUAACUGAUACAAGAGCGACUGAUGCAACUGAGAGAGUAGAUGAUGUGGAGACAGAAGAGGGCAAGGGAGAGAUCAUGGGAGAGCCCGAGGAAGAGACCCAGCUGGAUUCCAGAGAGCAGGGGGGCUCAGAGAAGCAAGAGCAUGGCAGAGGCACCCUGGCGGAAAGUAUGGAGAGAGAGGAACCACUGAGUAUGAACCCAGAAACCCCUGGCACAAAGGACAAAACCGUGAGAAUGCUGGAUACUGCACAGGGUAUGGAGCAUGAGUGGCUUGAAAAGAGGGGAAGUCAGAGAAUCUCCAGGCUGAGCAAGCAUGUGGAGAAGGAGCCAUUAGAAGGGCCAUCAUCACAGACUGAAUUCCCCGGAUCUUAUUUGACCAAAAUAAAGGCCAUAAAGGAGGCUUUGAAGACAACAGUGGCAGAUUUUACAGCCACAGUAAAAGUUGUGCUUAUUCCUGUGGACCAGAUAGUCUCAGUUACUUUUAAAAUUGGUGCCAUGUUAAAACAACUCAAGGAACACUUUUCACAGCUCUUAAAAAUACCAGCUAGAAGUAUACAACUCAUGUAUCGAGGGAGAGUUCUAAAAGAUCCUGAAACCUUAAUGCAUCUUGGAAUUAAGCCAGAAGACACUGUAAAAUUGGAAUUAUUUUCCUUAAAUCCAACCCGUUAUCCAGUCAAACCAAUAUUACAAAAAAUGCAGGAUGUUCAUGAUAUCAUAACUGUCAGAGUGCAAUCUGGUGCUAAAGUGUACCAAGAUAUAACUGUUGAGAUUGAAAGAAUUAACUUCCACAAACCGUUUCUGGGUGGAUUCAGACAUAAAAUAACAGGGAGAGAAUAUCAUAAUGCAGGGACACAAACAGUACCCAAAAAACUACCUAUAAAAAUGAACAUCUUUUCUAGAGAGACCCAGACAGUCACUGAGAGAAAAAAACUCAUAGCAACUACAAGUAGAACAUCUACCCAGAUGACUAAAAUUGGUGUGUAUGUGUCUAAUAUGACUGAUAAACUAGUAACACCAGGAAAAUAUUUUACAGCGGCUCAAUAUCAUGCACGAAGAUUGGAGGCGGUAAUAAUAAUCCAAAAAUAUUACCGACGGUGGCAUGCCAAAAAAUAUGUAGAAAGUUUAAGAGAACAAAAAAGAAUAAGGUUGGAGUGGGAAAUACAAGAAGAAAUAAGGAAGGAAAGGGAAAAGAGAGAGUGGCUGCAAAGAGACUAUGAACGGAGAAUAGAUCCAUACACAAAUGAAGACUUUGAACUUCUUUUCCAUGCCUUGGAAGUCUGGAGACAAGAACAACUCGAUUGCAUCAAUGACAAUUUCACUGGGGCUAAAAGGAAAGCUGCUCUCUGUGAACUUUUAGAAAAAGAAACACAAAUAAUUGCUUCCAUCGGGAGACAGAGAAUCCGUGCCAAUAAUAAGAAGUAUGAAAAGUCAAUAUAUGCAUUCUUAGAUAAGUGUUCAGCUCCGAAGAAGUGGAUAUCAUUUGAUAAUAAUGAAACAUUAAUGGAUACACAAUAUACUAUCAGAGCCAGAGAGCUGCAAGAUAUCUAUAACUGCAUUAUAAUUAAAAACAUCUGUGAUGAUGAGAGGCUAGAUGUGCUGUUAACACUGAAGCACACUGUAAAGGAACAUGAAUGUAAACUGACUCAGGACAUCUUAGAAUUGAUUGACCGAGAGGUUGAUCUUAUGAUGAGAGGAGUAAAAAGCUGUAAUCUUGAAGGACUCAGAAAAAGAAUAGCUACAUUAUUUCUUCAAUACAUUAAAACACCCUUAUUUAACCCUGAAGUCGCCAGAUACCUCAAGGUUCCACAAGAUCCGACAAAGUUUUACAAAAAUAUUUACUUUUGUCGAAGUUGUGAGAUGUAUUUGCCAUCUACAGAGUUUUCCAUUUCAUCUACUUCAUACCAUGUUACCAGAUGUCGCCAGUGCUGUAUGCUUGACAAUGAGGCCCGACAACGUGAAGCGUUUUUGAAAUACAAGUUUUUACUCAAACAGCUCUACCAAUCAGAAGCUGAUUAUGAAGAUGAUUCUCAGAUUGCCUACCUGAUGCAGCUACAAGAUCUCCAGUACCUGAUUGAGAACAUUUGGGCUUCCCAGUCAGUCCUCAGUGCCUGGGAUGAUCUCUAUGAUUUGGUCAUUGUCAGAUGGAACAAAACACAGGAAUGGGCUCCUUGGAACUGUAUUCUCCUGACUAAAGAUGAAGCAGCUGCUCAUCUCAGGAUGAACAGCCUUGAAGAGGGAUAUGAGCCAGUGUUUAUUCACAGGAUCAAACACAAGCACAUCCUAGCUAAGAACUAUUUUUCUCAGAUUCCAUUGAUGGCAGCAUUUUUACAUCAUAGUGAAAUUGAAGAUGAAGCAAAGGAGGAAGAAAGUAAUGAAACAAAGGAGAAAGAAAAUAGCCAAACAAAGGAGGAAGGAAAUAAGGAAACAACAUCCAUAAUGCCCCAGUCUAUACUUAAGGAAACAAAGGCAUAAUGCCUUCCAGAUUAGUGUUUUCCUCUAUGACUAAUUGAGUAACAACUGUAAUGCAACUAAAGGAAAGGGUUUGUGCCUUUUUGUGCCAUUUCUUAAUUAUCUUUGGGAGUGUGAUAAGUUUUAUGAAGAUAAAACAUCCUUACAUCAAACGUUUUAAUGCUGAUUGGUUGAUUAGUUUAAAAUCAGAAUGCUUUUGUAACCAUAUGCAGUGUUUUGAAGUAAAAAAAAAGUGUCUGUCUCAUUA